AAUUCCACCGAUUUCGCGCACUUGCGCGGGGCUUAUAUGGCGAGGAAUAUACUCCGGUAUCGUUGUAACGCGCAAUUAGUGGUAGUAGCGAGUGUGUACAUGUGCACGUAGUUAUAUUUAUUACAUUCGUCAAUUUGAGAGAGCCGUUGUCAUCGGGUUAGCCCGUGUUCCUGCCGAUUCAUACGAUCUGGAGAUCUGCCAGUCCACCAAGAGAUUUCUAAAACGGCUCGGUUGGCUCCUCUCGAUCUCGAGCUCGUGGUUCAACAUGACAAAUCCAUUGGAGCGCAUCAAUUACAUGCAAGACAGUAGCAGCGACACAGAGACUGAGUAUAAGGAGUCUGACGGAAGGGGAAGGCACCGCUUGUACAAGAACAGAUUGAGUUGUGGUGGCUCGUCGAAGCCGAAAUCUUGUCUGGUACAGAGGGACAGCAGCGGCGAUCGGCAUUGUCAUUCUUUCAAUUCCGGCAGAAAUUCGCAGGGCACGAGGCUCAUUAACAGAAUUCGUUCAAAUGUCAAUAUGGCCAAACAAAGUCAGAAUCAAAAUCAAAACAGCAGCAGAGACAUCACAAUGUCGGGAGGGUCGGCGACAGCAUCUACCACCGGUGUUAGCAACCAACCCGCUAGCGAUGAAAGGAUCACCCUCAUCGUCGAUAAUACCAGAUUUAUCGUUGAUCCGGCUUUAUUCACAGCGCAUCCCAAUACUAUGUUGGGUCGUAUGUUCAGUUCAGGCGUGGAAUAUGCUCAACCUAACGAACGCGGCGAGUAUGAGGUCGCCGAUGGUAUUUCUGCUAUGGUUUUCCGCGCUAUCUUGGAAUAUUAUAAGGGCGGAGUAAUUCGAUGUCCCCCGACUGUAAGUGUUCAAGAAUUACGAGAAGCCUGUGACUACCUGCUGGUGCCUUUUGACGCUAGCACGGUAAAAUGCCAAAAUCUCAGAGGAUUGCUACACGAGUUGUCAAACGAAGGUGCGCGUUGUCAGUUCGAGGUAUUCUUAGAAGAUUUGAUUUUACCGUUGAUGGUGAACAGUGCGCGACGCGGUGAUCGCGAAUGCCACAUUGUCGUACUGCUCGAGGACGAUGUCGUCGAUUGGGAUGAGGAGUAUCCACCCCAAAUGGGAGAAGAAUACUCCCAAACUGUUAAUAGCACGGCGAUGUAUCGCUUUUUCAAGUAUAUCGAGAACCGAGAUGUAGCCAAGCAAGUAAUGAAGGAGCGUGGCCUCAAAAAAAUUCGUUUAGGCAUCGAGGGCUAUCCGACUUACAAAGAGAAGGUGAAGAAACGCGCCGGCGGUCGCGCUGAGGUCAUCUAUAAUUAUGUUCAGCGACCCUUCAUCCAUAUGUCUUGGGAAAAGGAAGAGGCCAAGAGUCGUCAUGUUGAUUUCCAAUGCGUUAAAUCCAAGUCAGUGACGAAUCUAGCUGAAGCCACGGCUGACCCCGUUCUGGACGCUGCCGGAAAUCCUAUGCUUCUUCAAGUUGCUGAAGGAGUGGUCUCUCAGCCGGAAGUAGUUGGCCUUCCUAUGGGUUCGGACGCUGAUGUGGACGGACCGAUGGGACCUGGCGAACAAGACUUGGGCCAGCUACCGUCAGACGAGCUACCGUAAAAGAUGGGAAUAAACUAGGAUGGGAUUUAGAAAUCUUGAAGCAGAUCUUGGAAACAAACUUCAAAAAAUAUUUAUUAAGUUCUUAAAAAGCUUUUGACGAAAAUCUUGUAGUCUUCUGCUCGAAGAAUGAGAACUGAAUUCUGAAAACCGGAGUGUACUGGAUUCUUAAAAGACUGAGAUGCAUUUGUUUUGAAUGUUUACAAAUUGGACUCUUAAGACUUUGGAAUGCAUUGGAUUUUGAGAACGGAAGAUAUUAUACGCUGAGAAUUUUCGAGGAAGCACAUCCUGAAAUUUCCAAAGCUUGACAGAAAGAACGAACUACUUAUUUGCGAGGUUUUUGGUAUCACAUGACGUGUACGAUCAUAUGACUAAAACAGGACGUAUCUUGAAAGGUUUAUAUCAAGGCGCUAUGCACUCCAGUCUUCAUGAUUCAAUGUUUCGCUCUUUCCCUUUCUUUUGUUUCGAAUCUAUGCGGUUUAAUCUAAAAAAAGUUUACCGAAGUCAAAAGACGAACGAAAAAAUAUUUUUAAUUAAUACGAAUAUCAGUCUUUUGUCUUCGUACGGUCCUUCACAAGGUAUGUAUAACUGUGUUUAAGAAAAAAAGACUUACAUUAAGACUAUGAAUGACAUGAAUUUCUUCGUCUAGCAUCUCUUGUCAUAAAGUUUUUGUGAUCUUUUGCAACUUUGUGUAUAUAAACGUUUAUAUGUGUAUAUAGGUUUACUUAUAUGUAUAAUUGCGAAUACGAUCGAUGUAUUACUGUCGUAUCUUCUACUACCAUCGGUCUUUCCCGUUUUAUACUAUUAUAAUAAAUAAAGUUGAAUACGCGAUUUUUUCUCAAUAAAUAAACUUUUGCCCUGUU